UUAUCAUUGAUGCAGUUAUUAAUAAUAACAGUCCAAAAGACGAAUGGUGGAAUGAUUCAUUUGUUUAUCAGUUAUAUAUUCGUAGUUUCAAGGACAGUAAUGGUGAUGGUCUUGGCGAUUUUAAAGGCAUCACAAGUAAAUUGGAGCAUAUCAAAGAUUUGGGAAUGACAACUGUAUGGAUAAAUCCAUUUUAUCCAAGUCCAAUGGUUGAUUUUGGAUAUGACAUUACAAAUUACACAGGUAUUGAUCCACUUUUUGGUAAUUUUAAUGAUUUCGAUGAACUUAUUAAAAAAGCAAAAAUAUUAAAUAUUAAAAUUGUUAUUGACUUUGUGCCAAAUCACACAUCUGAUCAACAUCCUUGGUUUUUAAAAAGUGUUAAAAGAAUAAAACCGUAUGAUGAUUAUUACGUUUGGUUCGAUGGAAAAAUAGUCAAUGGAACUAGACAACCACCAACUAAUUGGCUAAGUGUUUUUCAUACUUUAGCAUGGACUUGGAAUGACCAACGAAAACAGUAUUACUAUCAUGGAUUUACAAAAUCCCAGCCUGAUUUAAAUUAUCGUAAUCCAAAUGUUAAUGAAGAGAUAAAAAAAAAUUUAAAAUUUUGGCUUGAUAAAGGAAUUGAUGGUUUUCGAAUUGACACGAUUCCCAGUCUUGUUGAAGGAAAUCCAAAUGAAGAUUUUCCAUUGACAGAUCAGCCAAAAUGGCCCAAUACAGAUCUACCUGAUAGUGAUUAUUAUAGUCAAGUACGAACGUACUCGUAUGAUCCAAGAGGUUCAUAUAAAAUGCUUCAAAGUUGGCGUAAUGUUAUUGAUGAAUAUUCGAGUUCAAGGAAAUUAUUAAUACCAGAGACGUAUUUUCGACCAGAAGAACUUGAAAAAUUAAUAAAUUAUUAUAAUUACGGAGCAGAUAUACCAAUGAAUAUUGUUCUAGUAGAUUUUUUUCACAAUUCUUCAUCAAUAAGUGAGUUGAUAGAGCUCAUUGAUCCUUACAUGAAAGCAGUUCCAAAAGAUAAAUCACCAAAUUGGGUUUAUGGUAAUCAUGAUCGUUCACGUGUUGCAACAAAAUUUGGACGUGAUAGAGCUGAUCAAAUGAUUAUGUUGACAACAGUAUUGCCUGGUAUUGUUGUUGUUUAUCAGGGAGAUGAAAUUGGUAUGGAGGAUCGUCCAAUGUCAUGGAAGGAUACAACAGAUCCACCUGGUUGUAAUUCUGGUCCUUUGAGAUAUAAUUUAACAUCAAGAGAUCCAUAUCGUUCACCAUUUCAAUGGGAUGAUACAACUAGUGCUGGUUUCUCGUCAAAUAAUAAAACAUGGCUACCAGUACAUGAAAAUUAUAAAACAUUAAAUCUUGCUGCACAAAAAUUAGCACGAAAUUCACACUAUCAUAUUUUUAAAAAAGUUGUUGCGUUAAAAAAAAUACGAGCUAUUCGUGAGGGUAAAAUAAAAUUUAUAAAUGUCAAUGAGAAAGUGCUAAUUGUUAUUCGAUGUCCAGAUGAAAAUCUAGAAAAUAUCGAGAGUCUAGACAGAGAUGAUUUAAUUGUUUUACUAAUUAAUUUUACUGAUACUCCUAUUGAUGUUAAUCUGGCUGAUUAUUUACAUGUUAAAAAAUUUAAUAUGAUGGUUUACGUUGCAAGUCUUACAUCACACAUUGAAGCUGGUACUCAAAUUCAAGCUGAUAAUAUUUAUUUACCACCUGCAGCUUCUGUUAUACUGACAAAGCUUUAA